AUGAGUGGACUGGUUCUGCAUCAGUCUGCUCUUUACUCAACCUGACCAGCGUUAGAAUAUCAUGACAAUAACAUGAUUGAUUUGACCAGAACAAAUGAAAGCAGUAAUAAAAGACUCGCAUAUGAUUGUCCCUGGUGGCUUGCCAUACGAGCUGGAGAAGGGACCGUACCGGAAGUAAGCCUUAGCGGUACUUCCUUGUUUAUACUUGAGAAUGCUAGUCACAAACCAUAGUCCACGGUUACCACGGUUACCACGGUUACGUAUCCACGGUUACGUUCAUCCGAAUCGUGUCCAGAAGUGCAGCUUGUGUUUGUGCGCACAUCGGCGAACACUGUUAGCAUCAGUGUGUUUGCUCCGCGUUAGCUGAAGUUAGCGCUGUUAGCUGACGCCGGUGCGCGGCUUCAUAACUGCCGCAAACAGCAACUCCCGGUGAUCGUUGGUCGUCCGCGCGGGUCAGCGCUAACGACACGUCACGUAAACCGUAAACAUUAUGAUGAAACACGAGAGACCGUGUUCAGAGAAUCCACAGAGGCGGACUGAAGACAGGCGCCCUCUAGCGGACUGUUCAACAGAUGUCCAGCAUAUGUUGGGGAUCAAAGAAGAAGUUCUCACUGAGCUGAUCACCAGCCCUGAUCAGGAGAACCCCGGGAAGCCUCGCAUCAAAGAGGAAGAGGAAGAGAUCUGGACCAAUCAGGAGGGAGAGCAUCUUCUGGAGGAUGCUGAUGGCAAAAAGUUCUUACUCAAUAUUAUCUAUGUGAAGACUGAAGAUGAUGAAGAGGAAUCUCAGUAUUCACAUCCUCAUCCAAGUCAAACUGUGGAGAGCGGAGAGAUGGUGUCUCCUCCAGACACGGGCUCUGCACCUCCACCACCCAUAAAAACAGAAGCUGAUGGAAAUGACUCGUCUGAGACUGAAGACAGUGGUGACGAGUGCAAGGAGAGUGAAGCUCCUGAUAAACACCAACCCCCGGGACAGGAAGUCUGUGCAGGAGAGAAACCAUUUAACUGUGAUUUCUGUGGGAAAAGCUUCACAAAGAAGAGUGACGUUAAGAGACACACGAUGGUCCACACAGGAGAGAAACCCUUUAGCUGUGAUGUUUGUGGGGAAAGAUUUACACAGAAGGCUGUUGUUAAAAGACACAUGAUGGUCCACACAGAAGAGAAACCAUGCAGCUGUGAUGUUUGUGGGAAAAGAUUUGCAAAGAAGAGUGACGUGAAGAGGCACAAAAUGAUUCACACAGGGGAGAAACCAUUCUGCUGUGAUGUGUGCGGGGAAAGAUUUACACAGAAGUCCAUUCUCACCAGACACAUGAUGGUCCAUUCAGAAGAGAAACCCUGCAGCUGUGACGUCUGUGGGAAAAGAUUUACAUACAAGUGUAACUUUAUGAAACACCUGAGGGUCCACAGUGGUGACAAACCUUGUAGUUGUGAUGUUUGUGGGGAAAGAUUUACACUGAAGAGUUCUCUGAAGGCGCAUAUGAAAAUUCAUAGAGGAGACAAACCACAAGACUGUAAUAUCUGUGGGAAGAAAUUUACCAAGAAAAGUAAUCUGAAGAGACACAUGAUGGUUCAUUCAGGAGAGAAACCGUUCAGCUGUGAUGUUUGUGACAAAACAUUUACAAGGAGGUGGCAUCUUAAAAUGCACAUGAGAGCUCAUACAGGACACAAAUGAGGAUGAAUUCAUUCAUUCAGUAUAUGUUCUAUUGCUAUCUGAAGAAUUCACAGAUAACUAACUCAUCAUUGUUAACUUCUCAACUCUUCUGAGUUGAAGGGGGCGGGGACUGUUGUGAGUGCUGCGCUGCCUUUAGCAGAGUGUGUAUGUGCACAUGCUUUUCACCUGUUACAAUUAUGUUCAGUUAGACACUUGUGUGUGUGUGUGCGUGCGUGUGCGUGUGUGUGUGUGUGUGUGUGUGUGUGUGUGUGUGUGUGUGUGUGCGUGUGCGUGUGCGUGUGUGUGUGUGUGUGUGUGCGUGUGUGUGUGUGUGCGUGCGUGCGUGUGCGUGCGCAGCAGCUACAGCUUCUGUCCUGGUCCAGGAAAUAUCUGACCAAGCACAAGUCAGCACAGACUUCCCAAUCCUGAGGAUUGUACAAUCUGAUUGUGUCCAACACCAUGAACAACAUCAGCUCUUAAUAAUACUAUUUAAAAAGCCCAUAGUACUACGUUACAGUACCGAUCCCUAAGUGUAAAGUAGCAGUGAAUAGCAUCCAACACUCAAUCAGUGUUUCAGCCACAGAGUGAAUGAAAAAGUAAGAGCACGACGUCUCUGUUUCCUUUGAUACAGUAAAUGUUUGUAGAAGUGAUGAAAUCAAAGCUGCUCUGUCAUGAAUCCACUGAAUCCACUGAAUCCACUGAAUCCACUGAAUCUCACAGUGAUGGAAUUGACCGGGGUCAGUGAAUGUCUAUUGUUGCCUCUGCUUUAAGCUCAACGCUCUCUGAACGCUGCAUUAGUCACAGUCACAGUUUUCUGGCAGUAGAAAAUGAUUUUUGAUGUAGAAAAGACGUAAUAAUCCAUAUUGUUGUGAUUUUUGUCAGCCAAUAUUUUACAAAGAAGUCUGUUCUUAAGAGACGUGUUAUCAUUUAUUUACAAUAUUAAAAUACACAAUAUUCCAUACAGUAGAGUAAAUACAUGGUGGGGAAAGAAGAUGUUUUCACCUCAUAAAUAAUCAUGAGGUUCACUUUUCCACUCACUUUCAUGACAGAUAUUUCAGUUUGAGUCUGACAUGAAAUUUGCAUUGACAUUGUUCUCAAAUCUGUCAAAGUCUGUGUCGUGUGUGAAUGUAAAACACAGUAAAUAAUAAAUAACUGCAGUUCAGAAUAAAGAUGUGUUCUCAGUCUUUCUGCACCAACUUUAAUAAUCUCAUCACUAAAAGCUGAGAACUGAAAAUGAUUAUUCAAAAUCAAAUCAUUGUGAUUUCUAAUAUUAUUUAUUAUAUUUAUUAAUGAAAUAUUUGCGUCAUGUCUUUCUAAAGUUCUGUGAACGUCAAACAUCAUGCUGUCACAGCCAGAGGCAACACUGUCUCUGAGUGAGUGAGUGAGUGAGUGAGUGAUUUGAGUUUUGAGCUAUUCUCUUUUAUUUUAUGAACACUUUGAUGUAGUGUGAGAGGAAGUCUUUGUUGCUGGGAUUUCAGGUUUAUUCUCAGGUUUGUGUUUUUCUGUGAGUUUGUCAGUUUUUUACUAAACCUAUUGGGACGUCCUUUCACAAGACUUGUGUCCUCAAUGAAAGUCUCUCCUCUGUCCAUCACCUCUCACCUGGAGGAGAGCCGUCAUUACUCUGCUGACAAAGAAGGAAAUCUACAGGACAUCAAGAACUGACAGAUUCUGUCUGUCUGUCUGUCUGUCUGUCUGUCUCUGUGUCUCUGUCUGUCUGUCUGUCUGUCUGUCUCUGAACAGCGAUCAUCAUGAUUGAUCUUUUGAUUUUCACCACAUGUCCAGACAACAGUCAGUUCCUCCUCGAGUGUGAAGCACCUGCUGUAUUUGAAUGAACCGUCAGAAACCAUGAGGAAAAUGAUUCCUUCUCUUUUCACUGACUUUACAUUUGUUACACAAACACUGGCGUAGUUGAGUUUGCCCUCAUGUUCACUUUUUGAGGAAAUGGCAAACAGCAUGAGAGUGACUCACUCAGUCAUGUGGCGUCUCAAAAAUCCAUGCUGAGGUGUUUUUUUCCCCUUAGUGAAUUCCACCUCUUGAAAAUAAAUGCCCUUAAAAUGUUUGAAUAAGAUUUGAAUGUCAGUCCUUGAUUAUAGAAGGGACUUGUAUUAUGUUUAUAUUAUAGAUUUGAAGUCAAAUGCAUGAAAUAAAUCAGAGUAAAAGUUGAAGAUGCCACUUCCUCCUCUUCGUCAGCGUAUGCUUGUCCUUCCCUGUGUCUGCUGCCAGAGCAGCGCUGCAGUCAUGCAUGUGCACACCAUCUUCCUCGUGUACACCCUGUUUUUUGCAGCCCUGUGGACUGAGAUCCAGGCCAUCUCUCCUGUACCUUCAGUUCCUGACUGUGUCCAAGCUCUCGCCGGGUCCUGUGUGGUGAUCCCCUGCUCUUUCACUCCUACUGCUCCUCAUCCUCUCAGAGGGAGAAAGCAGAGGCUGAAUGUUCGGCUGAGGUUCAGAAGUGGUGGCCUUUUAUUUCCCCUGCGAGGCAUCGCUUUUAACAGUGAAGAUGGGAAUCAGGUGAGCAGGGAUUUCCAAGGACGCACAUCACUCUUUGGUCAAAUGACAGAUGGAGACUGCUCAGUGAAGAUAGAGCGCGUCACGCUGGAUGACUCGCGUCUUUUUGAGAUCGCUCUGAAAACAGGUGAUGACUUACUCUGGGGGAAACCGCGGAGCUUCAGUGUGGAUGUUGUGGACUCUCCUGAGGCUCCUGUUAUCAGUGGAACGCUGGCAGCCACAGAGGGACAGCAGAUCACCUUAAACUGCUCUGCCAGCUAUCACUGCCCCUCCACUCCUCCCAUACUUCAGUGGAACUGGGAAAGAGGAGUCCAGCUCCACAGCCCUGAAGCUGGGGCGGUACAGACCCUCUCUCUGGAGCCGCAUGGACUGAUGCUCCUGGCCCCUCUGACUUUUACUGUGACACACCAGGUGAAACCCAGGCUCAGGUGUGAGGUCAUCUACCCAGGGGUCAAAUCACUGGCCACUUUCAAGGAUGUUCAUGUGACAUUUCCACCACAGGAAGUGCAGGUUCAGAUCCUGUCGUUGCGGGUGCACGAGGGGGGAAACGCUCUGUUGGUGUGCUCAUGCAAAGCUGACCCUCCAGUGUCCGAGUACCACUGGUCCUACAUUCAACAUGGCCGCACAGUGAACCUCCCUCAGCGCGCUCACACGGUCCGUGUGCACAAUGUGACUCGAGACACGAGAGUCCGCUGCUCAGCGCGGAACCUGAUUGGUCGAGGAGAGUCCCGGCUGACGCCGCUCAACAUACAAUAUAAACCAGCCAUCGUCCAUCUGUCCUCCACCUGUUUAGUCCAGGACAUGGAGCUGUUGUGUCACUGUUCAGUUGACUCCAACCCCAAAUCUGUGGUGACCUGGAGCAUUAACGGGACGGUCCCACCUCGUGAUUACAACACGUCUGUGACUUCAGAGCCUCACCUGCAAACAGCUUCCCUGAGGGGCCCAAUGGUCCGCCCCAUGACCGUCAUCUGCUUCGCUGUCAACGCACUCGGAAACGACUCCUUGGUUUUACUGCAGGGAGGCGAAGUGUCAGCACAUUUGUGGUGGUUGGUGAUUCCUGCUGUGGUCGUUUGCUCCGUCAUAUUCCUUCUCUCUGUUGUUUUCUGUUGCUGCCGAAGGAGAGCUGCAAAAGAUGUCCUGAAUGCACACCUGGCUGUUUACCCUGAGGGGAUGGAGAUUUGUCAGGACAGGAUGCCUCUGUACAUUAACUGCACAGAAGUCACUCAUAUCUACACCAACGGCAGCUACCAGCUUGUGUACCAGAACUGCACGCCACUUUUUGUCCACAGUAACAACAUUCAUCCCGUGGCCAGAAGAGGUGAGGAGAGACGAAAGAGAAGAAGAGAAGAAUCAUUAAGUGCAGACAGACACGCUGCUAUGGGAGUCAGAUUCACAAGAGAGGAGCAGGCUGAUGCAGAAACAGCUGUUUACCUGGAGAUCCUCUGACUCUGAUGCAGGAAAAUGACACCCAUUCUCAAAUGAAUGGUAAUCCAUAUGUUUGUGUAGUUGUUAGUACAUUCUCAUUCAUGCACUCUGAACUCUUGAAUAACAAGAGGUGGUGGAUCUCUAAUAUACGGUGGCCCUGAAGACCCAACACAAAUACAAAAGCCAAUGGACAGGCCUUUAAAAAGCCCAAACAAAUGAAUUCAUGAAUCAAACUGCCUUCUGAUUUCAGCUUUUACUCCCAGGUAUUUACAUCUGAUCGGAUUCACAACAUAGAAUGCUAGACAAAAGUUCAUCUUUUGUCUCAUGAUCAUCUUUUGUCUCGUAUUCAUCUUUUGUCUCGUAUUCAUCUUUUGUCUCGUAUUCAUCUUUUGUCUCAUAUUCAUCUUUUGUCUCGUAUUCAUCUUUUGUCUCGUAUUCAUCUUUUGUCUCAUAUUCAUCUUUUGUCUCAUGAUCA